CGCACCACACUCACACCCUACCAGUUGCGCGUACUGUUCCGUGUCUGGGAACGCACACAAUACCCAUCAAGUGACCUGCGCUUCCGCCUCGCCAAUAGCCUGCUAAUGACACCCCGCAACGUCCAGAUCUGGUUCCAGAACCAGCGCCAGAAGACAAAGGAGCGUGCCGAGAUGCGUCGCCGCACACACUCGCCAAACACAUCAACC